AUGCAAAGAUUGCAAGCGUCGAAAAGUCAAGGUGGCAAUGCCCUCACAGACGUCUCCAGUGACACUCGAACGCCCAAGGAACCUCCGUCUGUAGUGGGAUCCCCGGCAUCAGUGACGGCUACUUCCACUACCGAUUUCAUUCAUCUCGACAUUGCCCUUGAUCCAAGGCUGACUGGGCCCGUGGCAGCGCCAUCUCCUCCACCUGGCUGGAACAGUCGAGAUCUCGAGCUCAUGCACCAUUUCACCAUAUCAACGUGCGACACGUUGACGUCGCGCGAGGACAUGAGGCACGUCUGGCGGGUCACCGUCCCGCAGGAGGGCUACAAGCACUCGUACGUCAUGCACGGCAUGCUCGCCGUGGCCGCCGUCCACAAAGCGCAGCUCGUGCCCAGCGAGCGACAGAUGUACAUUACCCUCGCAGCCUACCACCAGUCGCUCGGCCUCGAGGGCUUCACGCCGCUCAUGUUUGACGUUAACCGCGACAACUGGAAACCCAUAUUCUCGUUCGCCAGCAUCGUCGUGUUGUAUGUGUAUCUGCUGCCAGCACGCUCAGAAAACCAGCGGCUUCUGACGCCAUUUCCGUCCAUACUGGAGCUGUUCAGCUUUGUGCGCGGCAUCCAGUCCAUCAUGCAGAAAUUUGUAAACUACAUUCCGCGCACGAGCUUUGCGCCGAUCAUUUGGAGCGUCUGGAUCACAGAUGUAGACGAUCCCAUGAACCCACACCCACCCCUCGAGAACUCGUGCCUGCCUCGGGAUGUAUACCAAGCGCUGAAGCGCCUUGAAUCUGCCUUUGACGGCGGAAUGCGGGCAGACUUUAGGGACGAUUACCUCAAGGCGAUAAACGAGUUGAUGAAGGUCACCCGGCUCUUGGCGCACGCCGGCGUCAGUGUCGAGAGCGGCAUGGUCAUGUUCUGGCCGUACGUCAUUCCGGAGCGGAUCAUGCUUGACAUUGAGGCCCUGAACCCGCACGCUCUCCUGCUCCUGUCCUAUUACUGUGUAUUUCUCAACAUAUUGGAAGGCCGCUACUGGUACAGCAGGGGUUGGGCGAAGCCACUGAUGGCAGAGAUUGAUCUUCAGCUGUCUCAUCACCGAGAGCUGGCGGAGCUGCUCAAGUGGCCAAAGGAGCAGAUCAUGGUCGAUAGGGCUCCUAUGUAG